AACAAUUAAACACAAACCGGGCAACUGUGUAAACUUUGGCACACGGUUUUAAAGCGCGUGCCUGCCUAGCAGCUCAGCGCCAGAGUUAUUUUGAAAGUGAGCCGCUCGACGCGCGUGGGCCCCGCGAGAGAGCAGCUGUUUGGAGCCAUGAGCGAAGAUGACGGAUUCGGUGGUCGCAGAAGGACAUGCGAAAAUGAGGGACGGCAAGAAGUGGAGGAGUCGCUGGGUUGCUCUGCGCAAGCCCUCGCCGGUAGCAGACUGCCUGGUGCUGCUGGCGUAUAAAGAACGAGGUGUGAAGGAGAGGAACUGCGUGGUUUUGGAACACAUCUGUGGUCUGGAGGUGGGAGAGUGUGAGGAUGGGGUAGCGUUCACCCUCACCAUCCUGUGUCUCACUACCACUGCUCAGCUGGGCUUUGACAGUAAGGAGGCUCUGCUGUCCUGGGACCAGAGACUACGAUACUGCCUGGGGGAAGUACACAGUUUUAACGUGAUGGUUCUGCCUGGCACUAAGCUGGAGUGUGGUCCCGCCACACUUCAUUUGUGCAACCACCUGCUCGCCAUCGCCAGGGACCACCCCCCGGUCAUCACUGGCCAAUGGAAUGUUUUGGACCUACGUAGAUACGGACCGGUGACCAAUGGCUUUGUAUUUGAGGGAGGGACUCGCUGUGGUUACUGGGCUGGUGUUUUUUUCCUGUCCUGUGCAGAAGGGGAACAGAUCAGCUUUCUGUUCGACUGCAUCGUGCGAGGCGUCUCUCCCUCCAGAGGUCCGUUUGGACUCAAGCCACUACUGCCAGAGCCCAGUGCUAAGGCAGCCCUAGCAGAGACUCGACUGGACCAGGAGACUGCGGAGCUGGAGAAGAGACUGAGUCUGUUCUCUCACCGCACAGUAUCCAGCUCCGGUUCUUCCGUAGCAGGGGACGACCGCAGCGCGUCGGGGUCCUCCCACAGCUCUGACACCAGCCACUCAGAUUCCAGCGUUGGCAGCCUCCUUACCCGGUGGGCGGAGCCGGCUCCGCCCAUCCUAUCCGAGACGUCAUUCCCAUCGCCAACUAAAAUGGCCUCCCAUGGAGAGGAGAAGCUGCCAGUCAACGUGGUGGGUGUGGCCAUAGUGCCAUCCGAGCCCGCCCCCUCACGACGACUCGAGGCGACUGGCUGGCAGAGCUCUUCUGACAGCGGCAUCGCCACGGCGAGCCACUCCUCCUGUUCCGGCAGCUUUUGUUCGUACACGGCCAGCGUGGACGUGGGGAGCCCCAGAGGGGCGCACGGCCCUCUGCUUGACUUGCCGUGGGCCGCAAACCCCGCGAGAAACCUGUGCACCUGUCUGACCACGCACACCCACGAGUACCAGGUGCCUUGUUCACGCCCCUACCUGUACGACACACCACGCAGCCUGCUGCAGUCCCCCGCGAGCCCAGAGGAGCGUGCCGAGCAGUUUUCUGCCCGACAACAGAGUGACGAGCCAAUCGGAGAACCACACGGACCUUCAGCGCAGUCGAGCGGCAUUCCAGCGCCACCCAGAGACUCCGCCCCCUUCCCCGCCGCUAGACACGGCUCAUCCUGCGCGGACUCGCGCUCCGACUGUCAGCUCUGCUCUGCCCAUCACGCGGCUUCCAGAGUGCUCACGUGUCCGUUCUGCGGCGGCUUAAAGAGUGCCCCCAUUUCCCCCUCCGUCACGUCCGUCCAGCGUGAUGUGUCAGAUGAGAAUCCCAGAAGUCCUGUGGAACAAGCAAGGACUGAGGCCGCCUACGGGAUCAUGGAGAACCAGGGAACAGACAGGAACUCGGAGUCAGAUGAGAAGAGCGUGCGUGAGCGGCUGGCUGGCUGUGGACAGCGGAGGAGUCCCCACCUGGGAGAAGGAGUCGGUGAGGGGCCCAGGGGAGAGGGAGCAACAUAUGUGAUCGUACCCCACAGCCUCGAGGGCAGAAGGCAGCCACACUACAUGGAGCUGGAGCAGCAAGAGGCCUGCACCACUCUGAGGGGCGAAGGCUCCACUCAAUGUGCUCAGAUCGACAUCACAGCAACAGAGUACGCACGUGGAGUCAGUACCCAGCAUGCACUGGGGCGUGAUGAGAGACUUCAAAGAUUGGAGCAAAGGAAGGAAGGAGGCCCGCCGCAGUGAUGCCGUCGUUCUUUGUCCUUAUAAUAUUUCUGCUGUCGUUUCACCGCGGCGCGCUAGUGAUGUCAGUGACAUGAACAGGAAGUGGAACAAACAGCUGUGCAAGUAGAAGCAAGUGGCUGCUGUCUGUCUGUCCCGGCAACGCCAUCAAGGCCUCUGACUCCAGUGACGGUCCGAGGAUCGAGCUAUCCUCAGCGCGGUGGCCUGUGAGCGGAUAUCCGAGGAGUAGGACUGGCCUGUGACCUCAGAGCAGAGCCAAGCUCGACUGUACGCGACUGUGAGAUUGGUCCUGGCAAGUUGAACUGGGGAAGGUGUAUAUGUAACUGGUCUCUUAGCUGAAGAUGUAGUUUCAAUAGUUGGGAUACAGUAGUUAUGCAAGUUGAAUAGAAUCUGUGUGUGUGUGUGUAUGUGUCAGAUGUGCAGACUGUGAACAUGGCUGAUUAUAGCUGAGUCACCACGCAUUCGAGCAAAGUCUGCUGCUAUCACACACACACACACACACACACACACACACAUGCGCACGCACACACACACACUCCCACAAGCGCACACACGUGCGCGCGUGCGCACACACACACACACUCUCUCUCACUGUCUGUUCUCCCUUAAUCAAAUACUGCACACCUUGGUCUCCACAUCAAAGCUGCAAACACAUGGCUCAGAUAGAGGAUGUUAGUUCACGUCAGCGAUGCAUGCUUAGGUAAAAACUGGUGUUCAUGUUAUCAAAGUGUUUUAAUGGAGGAUCAGCUGAUAUGGGUUGUAAAUAUAAAACUUGUCAAAAUUAUUCAUUUUCAAAAUGAUUUUUAAUGGGGUGAAAAUUCAACAUUAAACUAAGUUGGAGCAGAUGUCACAGCGUUGGAUGAAUUCAUGUCUCUGCCUGCACUAACACGGUUACUUGGACUAGUUUUUUUAAACUUGUCAUAUCCUGAUUUGUUGGUAUUGUGGUGUUUUGUUUUAUAAUAUGUGGGCUACAGACUCUGUAAAACACACCAUUAAUUUCUAAUACAAACAACAAAUUCAUAUUUAAAACCUGAUAUUUUAUGCAACUGUAAAUAUGAGAUCGUCUUAUAAAAGUAAGAAAUGUCAACACAA